AUGGAUGUACUACACAAGCGACACAUUGCUGGGACGAGUGUGUGUCCAAUAUGUGGAAAUGGUGAGGAGUCAAUUAUGCAUUCCUUAUUUAAGUGUAGAUAUGCUGCUGAGAUCUGGAAUGUAAGUGAUUUUUGUGAUUUGUUGGCAAGAGCUCCUCUCUCUUCCUUUGCUGACAGACUUCUUUGGAUGUAUAAGACAAUUGACAGUGAGCUCCUGCAAGUAUUUGCUGCUUUGACUUGGGCGGCCUGGCAUUGCAGAAACACCCACAUAUAUGAAGGGGCAGAUGGUAUUCAAGCGUCUAUGAUGGCAGCAGGCUUUGUGAGGUUGUGUGCAGAUUAUGUCACUUACAACCAGAAAAUCAAAGGGGCUUGUAGGGGGUCUGCGAUGCAAUCUCCUUCUUAUUGGUCUCCUCCACCAUCAAAUGCUAUAAAGGUGAAUGUGGAUGCUCACUUAAUGAAUGGAAGUGGGGUUCAAUUCGGGGCUGUUAUACGUGACAGUAGGGGGGUAUUACUUGCUGCAGCUGUGAAGAAAAUAGAUGCGAAUUGGUCACCCGAUCUUGCUGAAGCUGGGGCUGCAAGGUAUGGGUUUGAAUUAGCUCGAAGGCUGGGUUAUAUGGAGGUGAUCCUUGAGUGUGAUGCGUUGACUGUUGCCCGUGCUGUUUCAGAAUCAAGUGGUUGGAGCAGCUCCAAUUUUUCUCCUGUUUGA